UUUGUUUGCGUAUUUAUCUGCCUACAACUUAGUGUCUUAUCCACGUUAAAGGAACACGAGAAAACUGCAGGAAUUUUGCUUUUUUAUUUGGAAAUGGCCAUGCUAUUCUGGUUCUUUGCGGAAUAUUGCAUUCGAGUGUGGUGUGCAGGCUGUCGAUCGCGUUACCAAACAUGGCGUGGCAGAUUACGAUUUAUGCACAGACCAUUUUGCCUUGUAGAUGCGACCGUAAUUAUCGCAAGUAUUGUCGUUCUUUCAAUGGGAACGGACAGUCAGCGGUUUGCUGCCAGUCCCCUUCGUGGUUUACGGUUCUUUCAAAUACUUCGUAUGAUACGUAUGGAUAGAAGAGGCGGGUCGUGGAAACUGCUGGCCUCGGUUGUGUGGGCACAUAGACAGGAGCUCUUCACAACAGUGUACAUUGGAUUUCUGGCACUGAUAUCCGGCUCAUUCCUAGUUUAUCUUUUGGAACGGGACACGAAUGAAAAAAUCCGGUCCUACGCAGAUGCCUUAUGGUGGGGCGUGGUAACCCUAUGUACCGUGGGUUACGGUGAUACUGUUCCAAAAACGUGGAUGGGAAAAAUUGUCGCUGCUUGCUGUUCCGUCGCAGGAAUCUCCUUCUUUGCUCUGCCAGCGGGUAUUCUUGGAAGCGGUUUUGCCCUUAAAGUCCAGCAGCAUCAACGUGAAAAGCACCUGAUUCGAAGACGUGUCCCAGCAGCGACUCUGAUUCAAAGUUUAUGGAGGUGUUACGCAGCUGAUGUGAACUCCACUUCUGUCGCCACUUGGAAAGUACACAUGCGUGCCUUAAAAACACUUUCCGCAGACCAAGGUGAAAAGGGAUCAAGUCGUUUAUCUCGAUUUGCCACAGUAAGAAGGCUUGGAUUGGGAAAUUUUGUCAAUGUCUCUUCAGCGAACAAUGGUGAACACGAUUCUUCUCCAACAAUCGUUACCUCUACAUCAGUUCCGGGCACAAACCGGUUGGCAAGUUUCAGCCCUCUGAGAUGUGUUACGGCAGAAUCUGGCCAUUACGAAGUGCGCGGAAAUCUCAUCAGAAAUCUAUCGAAUACAAGAACCUACAACAACCUGUUGAACCACGUCGAGUUACGCGCAAAACCCCAAAAGCCAAUUACUUCAAAUGGAGUCCACGUCGACUCGGAGCCACGUGUUUACAAGCUAGCGAAACCACGUGUGAACUUAAACGACACGUCCGAUGACAAGUUCAAAGAACGGUUUAUGUUCAGGUCAAAAACAACAAGCGAAUCGGUUCCCGAAGACCAAUCCACGCAUGACGCAGUGGAAAGUGACUUGAACGUUGGCUAUGGAAGCACUGGUUCUUUGGGCUCAAAAACUACUCGCAGUAGUUCAGCCCUGAAAGUCAGGUUUCAAACCCUGGCACAUGCUGUUCGG